AUGAGCGGUGUUGCUGGUCACCCAGACCCAGCCCCUAUCAUUGCUGACCCAUCCAAUUUGCACUUCUUGUCACCUCGUGCCGAGUACGACAAAGAUGUGGAUCGAAUGGGGGAAAGAACAUGUCGCAAGACGAGAGACAAAUCUUUCCAUCUUUGUUUCGAGUUCAUUGUCGGCAACACGAAAUUCAUUAAACGAAAUAACCACUCUUGGGCAGUCAAUUCUUCAUCAACCCACAAAGACAUCGAAACCCACAAAGACUUCAAAAUGACUUCUGAAAACACACAAAACAACAUUACAUCGCGAGAUGCCAUCGAAGAGGCGAUUCGCAGUUACCUGGAUACAUAUCUAACAGCGCUCCAAGAGCUGAACAAGUUCCUGGAGUACCGAGUACGGGCUAUCCCUGGCUGGCCUUGCGAGGUGAUAUCAAAGAGGACAAGAGUAGAGUGGUCGGAUCGCGCUGCUCAGUGUUCCAAACAAGAAGAGCGGAAUGAUGUGUCCAUGGGUGCCGGACCCUCCUCGUUUGCCUGCUGA